AAAUCUGCUUCUUCUCCACACGCCUUGGAUUUUUUUUCAUUUUCCCUCCUUACUUUCUCGGGCUCCAAACAUCCAUUGUCAGACUCUCACUACGCAGCUUCAUUGCUCUUCACAAGCUCCUCAAGAUUUCUAGGGUUUCACCUCAGAAGCUUCGUAUUACACGGUCUUCGUCCUUGCGUGUUUCUUUGAAACUUUCUCCGUCAAAACUCACAGCUUUGACAGAGCAAUUAUCGAACUGUUUGGCUCAGAUUUUUAGCAAUUUCUACCGUCGAUCGGAAGGUCUCGGCGAAAUUCUGACUCGGCUUCGGUUUUUCCUGAGAACUCUUCAGGGAAAAUGUCCCAGAAAUCCCGUUCGCCGUUGUCCUUCCAGUCGAUCAAAUCGUUGCCUGGUGAGUUUAGGUUCAUGGGUUCACCGACGUCUGAUCGCUUUGAGAAGUUCAGUGAUGCAAAGUCAAGAAACAGUGACGUUACCUCAUCAAGUAUACCUGAGAAUGGUGGUUCUGGGGAUGAGGUUGUCGAGGGAGUUGAGAAUAGUGUUGGCAACGUGGACCAAGUAAAUGAGGAUUCGCCUUACAGAAGGAACAUCAUUUCCCCUGAAGACAGGACCUCAAGCGGUGAUGAAGACUCAGAUUCUGUGGCUCCACCUGUGCCAUCAAUCUCUGCAUCUCGCAGAGAACAUCGGUGGGGUGACACCACCUCCUAUGCUGCAAAGAAGAAGCUUCAAUCUUGGUUUCAACUUCCAAAUGGGCGAUGGGAGUUGGGGAAGAUAGUUUCAACAUCGGGGUCCGAAUCUGUUUUUUCAUUGCCUGAUGGGAAAGUUUUAAAGGUAAAAACUGAUAGGUUAGUAUCAGCCAAUCCUGAUAUCCUUGAUGGUGUAGAUGACCUCAUGCAGCUAAGUUAUUUAAAUGAGCCAUCAGUGUUGUACAAUCUCGAGUACAGAUACAUUCGAGAUAUGAUUUAUACAAAAGCAGGGCCAGUGUUGGUUGCUAUCAAUCCCUUUAAGAAAGUUCCUUUAUACGGAAAUGAAUAUAUAGAAUCAUAUAAGCGUAAAACCAUUGAAAGCCCGCAUGUGUAUGCCAUUACAGAUACAGCCAUCAGGGAAAUGAUACGAGAUGAAGUAAAUCAAUCAAUCAUCAUAAGUGGUGAAAGUGGAGCGGGGAAGACUGAAACGGCAAAGAUUGCAAUGCAAUAUUUGGCUGCACUUGGAGGUGGGAGUGGGAUAGAGUAUGAAAUAUUGAAGACUAACCCAAUUUUAGAAGCCUUUGGUAAUGCAAAAACAUUAAGAAAUGACAACUCAAGUCGUUUUGGAAAGUUGAUUGAGAUCCACUUUAGUGAAACUGGAAAAAUAUCUGGUGCCAGAAUUCAAACUUUUUUGCUUGAAAAGUCUAGAGUGGUUCAAUGCACGGAGGGUGAAAGGUCAUACCAUAUCUUUUAUUAUCUUUGUGCUGGUGCUCCAUCUACACUUAAAGGAAAACUGAAUUUAAGGAGUGCAAGUGAGUAUAAGUAUCUGAGUCAGAGCAGUUGUCAUUCAAUCGUGGGGGUUGAUGACGCUGAGCAAUUUCGUAUUGUCAUGGAAGCUCUGGAUGUUGUUCAUGUAAGCAAAGAUGACCAAGAAAGUGUAUUUGCAAUGCUUGCUGCAGUGUUAUGGCUGGGAAACAUCUCUUUUAAUGUGAUAGAUAACGAAAACCAUGUUGAAGUUGUGGAAGAUGAAGGUCUAUUUACUGUUGCUGAAUUGAUCGGAUGCGGUGUUGAGGAACUUAAAGUAGCUUUGUCAACUCGGAAAAUGAGAGUUGGGAAUGAUAAUAUUGUCCAAAAGCUGAAACUAUCACAAGCUAUUGACACAAGGGACGCUCUGGCAAAGUCAAUUUAUGCUUGUCUGUUUGAAUGGCUGGUUGAACAAAUUAACAAAUCACUUGCAGUAGGCAAACGACGUACUGGCAGAUCCAUUAGCAUUCUUGAUAUUUAUGGCUUUGAAUCAUUUGAUAGGAAUAGUUUUGAACAGUUCUGUAUUAAUUAUGCGAACGAGAGAUUGCAGCAGCACUUUAAUCGUCAUUUAUUCAAGUUAGAACAAGAGGAAUAUAUCCAAGAUGGGAUUGACUGGGCAAAGGUUGAAUUUGAAGACAACCAAGACUGUCUUAGACUUUUUGAAAAGAAACCAUUGGGAUUACUAUCCCUUUUGGAUGAAGAGUCCACUUUCCCUAAUGGCACUGAUUUGACCUUUGCCAAUAAGCUUAAGCAGCAUCUAAAAUCGAAUUCUUGUUUCAGAGGAGAACGAGAGAAAGCAUUUACUGUCUCUCAUUACGCAGGGGAGGUCACGUAUGACACAAGUGGAUUUCUGGAGAAGAACAGAGAUUUGCUACAUAUGGAUUCCAUUCAACUCAUGUCCUCGUGCUCAUGCCACCUUCCUCAGAAAUUCGCUGCCAAUAUGCUUGCUCAAUCUGAGAAGCCUGUUGUUGGUCCUUUAUACAAAUCAGGUGGUGCAGAUUCCCAAAAACUAAGUGUUGCAACAAAAUUUAAGGGUCAAUUAUUCCAGCUGAUGCAACGUCUAGAAAAUACAACCCCACAUUUCAUACGUUGUAUCAAGCCAAACAAUCUUCAGUCUGCUGGAUUAUACGAGCAAGAACUUGUUCUGCAGCAGCUUAGAUGUUGUGGAGUUUUAGAAGUGGUUCGAAUAUCAAGGUCUGGUUUCCCUACGAGGAUGUCUCAUCAGAAGUUUGCAAGAAGAUAUGGUUUUCUUCUUUCGGAGAGUGUUACAUCUCAAGAUCCACUUAGUGUUUCGGUUGCAAUUCUUCACCAAUUCAAUAUUUUACCCGAGAUGUAUCAAGUUGGCUACACAAAGUUGUUUUUCCGAACUGGACAGAUUGGGGUCCUUGAGGACACAAGAAACCGUACCCUUCAUGGUGUUCUACGUGUUCAAAGCUGCUUUAGAGGGCACCAAGCUCGCUGUUAUCUAAAGGAGCUUAGGAGAGGAAUAACUACACUUCAAUCAUUUGUACGGGGAGAAAAAGCUAGAAGGGAAUAUGAAGUCUCAGUACAGAGACAUAGAGCCGCUGUUAUUAUACAAAGGAAGAUUAAGAACAGGAUUGCCAGGAAGAAUUUGAAGAGUACUCAUGAUGCGUCAAUCGUGAUACAAUCAGCUAUUCGUGGCUGGUUGGUUAGGCGAUACUCCGGAGAUAUUGGACUAUUGAAACUUACUGGCACAAAGGCGAAUGAGUCAGAUGAAGUGCUGGUAAAGGCAUCUGUCCUUGCUGAAUUGCAACGCCGUGUUCUGAAGGCUGAAGCGGCUUUACGGGAAAAGGAAGAGGAGAAUGAUAUCCUCCACCAGCGUCUCCAACAGUACGAGAAUCGGUGGUCAGAAUACGAGUUGAAAAUGAAAUCUAUGGAAGAAGUAUGGCAGAAACAAAUGAGAUCCUUGCAAUCAAGCCUUUCCAUUGCCAAGAAGAGUCUAGCAAUUGACGAUUCGGAGAGAAAUUCCGAUGCUUCAGUGAACGCUAGUGAAGACCGAGAGUACAGCUGGGACACGGGAAGCCAUAAAGGUCAAGAGAGCAAUGGGGUAAGACCAAUGAGUGCAGGUUUAAGUGUUAUAAGUAGGUUGGCCGAAGAAUUUGAGCAGAGGAGUCAAGUGUUUGGCGAUGAUGCCAAGUUCUUGGUGGAGGUUAAAUCUGGUCAAGUUGAUGCGAGUCUAAAUCCCGACAAGGAGCUGAGAAGGUUGAAACAAAUGUUUGAAGCUUGGAAGAAAGAUUAUGGGGGAAGACUGAGGGAAACGAAGGUCAUUCUGCAUAAGCUUGGAAGUGAAGAAGGUCCCGUUGACCGGGCGAAAAAGAAGUGGUGGGCAAGAAGGAACAGUACGAGGAUAAACUGAACCAGAAGCACAGUUAUUGGAUCUGGUCAAAUAUAAUGUAAGUUCCCUUUUAUAUUUUUCUACAUUCAGGGAAUGAAAGCUGCUUUCAGAAAUGUGAAGUAAAAAAGUCAAAAAGAGAUUGGUGAGAAAGAAUACUGAUUAUCUGUAAUUGGGUUACUAGAAUUAUUAUCUGUAAUUGGGCUAGUUCUCAUAUUGUUUUUGCUAGCCCCUUAUCUGUUUAUGCUCACACGGUUAUUGCACAGAGAAAUUGUGACACGAGUUUUGUUGUUACAAACGAUUUGGUACGCUACAGAGGUAAUGGCAAUAUGUAUAUCAUUUUUCAUUUAUAAUGCGAGAUCUUAUAUUUUCACUGUAAUAAUGUCGUUGCAGUGGAAUAACUAAUGUCAUUGAGUGCUUAUUUAUAACCAUUUUGGUUGUUUGAUAAAAAGUUCUGGUUGUUUUUUGCAUAGAACCUUUUGACAUGUCAAUUCCUAGAGCUGUGGAGAAAUUAGCUACAUACAAAAGUUGUUUUUAUAUUC